AAAGCCCUUCCUGCGGGUAGGCCUGUGGUCCCCUGGGCCCAGACCUAACUCGGGUGCCUGAGGAACACCCUUAGCUGUCGCUUGCAAAGCUCUGGGCCUUGAGGUCUCGCCCCAGGCCCGCGAUAAUCGUUCCCAAAUCGGUCGCCCCCCUCCUCCACGCUCGUGUAGCCUGGGGUACACACCUCUGUACCCCUUCGCCGAGCCCCUCCUAGGUGCAAGCUGACUCUGCGCCGCGGAGCGGGCUCGGACCCUGGUCAGAGCACACUGCUGAGGGUGCACCCGCGCCCGGAAGCCCCGGGCGGAGGAGCCAGCGUCCGCGGAAAGCACUCCAAGAAGCACAAGUUGGCGCUGGCCGGGGACCAGGCUGUUGUUGUUCUCAACGUGGUCCGCCACGGGGAAAUAAAAGCGGAGUCAGGCGCGCUCUCCGCCAGAGUGCCGCGCGCGCGCCCAGAGCUCCGGAGCCGGUGCAGCCCCGCCGCGCUCCCCGCAGGCUGUCGGCAUCCCACCCCCGAGCCCCGCUGCGGCCAGACCGGCCCCCACCCUCGCCCCAGCCCUGCCGCCCGGUCCUAGGCCCGGCCGCGGCCGCUCCCGCCUGGAGCCGCCGCGCGCCCCCAGCCCCCCGGCGCCGCCGAGGCCCCUCGCCUUCCUCUUUCCGGCGCGGCCCCCAGGCUACCGCGCGCCGCCUGCCACCAACCCGCUGGCCACCAUGUCUGUGGAGCUUGAGGAGGCCCUGCCGCCGACGAGCGCCGACGGGACGGCCCGCAAGACAGCCAAAGCCAGCGGCCCUGCGGCGCCCGCGCAGCCCAAGAGGAAGAAGAACCGCAAGAAGAACCAGCCGGGCAAGUACAGCCAGCUGGUGGUGGAGACCAUCCGCAGGCUGGGUGAGCGCGGCGGCUCCUCUCUGGCGCGCAUCUACGCCGAGGCCAGGAAGGUGGCGUGGUUUGACCAGCAGAACGGGCGCACCUACCUCAAAUACUCGAUCCGGGCGCUGGUGCAGAACGACACGCUGCUGCAGGUAAAGGGCACCGGCGCCAACGGCUCCUUCAAGCUAAACCGCAAGAAGCUGGAGGGCGGCGCGGAUCGGCGCGGAGCCUCGGCGACCAGCAGCCCCGUGCCCAAGGCGCGCACGGCGGCGGACAGGACGCCGGCCAGGCCGCAGACGGAGCGGCGUGCGCAAAAGGCCAAGAAGGCGGCGGCUGCCGGCGCGAAGAAGGUGAAGAAGGCGGCCAAACCCAGUGUGCCCAAGGUGCCCAAGGGCCGCAAGUGACACCCCACUGUCUGGCGACGUUGUCAAGUUUUCCGUCUCAACCCCGCGGUGUACCGGUUUCGUACGGUUCGGCCUGGCCCAGGUCCCCACUCCCUGUCCCUUUCCCUUUCCCGCCCCUCCCCCAGCGAUGCUGCAUUCUGUUUGCUUUAGGUUUUUGAAACGGCCCUGGCGACGCCUCCAUUGGCUCUCACCCUUGGCAACGGCCGUCGUCAUGGUUACCGGCCCAGCGGCGCCAAUGGCCUGGCGGCGCCUGCCUGCCUUGCCCGCCGCUGGCCACCCCGCGCUCCGGUUGUGCGGCGUCUAUCUCCGCCUGCCGCACUCCUGGGGAUCAAUAAACGGUUCCAACUUUGA